AUGGCCGAUCGUUUACGCGCCCCGGCGAGCUUCUUGACUCAGUCCAAUGCUUUGCUUAGAAAGAACUUAACCUUUCAGAAACGAAAUAUGUGCUCGAAUGUAUCGCUGGUUUUAAUACCUUGUUUGCUGUGUUUGAUUUUGCUUGGUCUACAAAUUGCGACAGACAAAAUGAAAAUGGAAGAAUCCAAAGGGAACUUAAUCAAGUGCGAUAACAGCAGCAGCGGUUUCGAUGAAAGGAGCCCUUGUCCCUAUCCUAAGCCUCGAGAAUGGCCUCCGGUAUUGCAUAUACCCGAUGCUACUUCUCGUGCAGUUACAAGUGACUCUGUUAUUCCUUUCACAGACUUGCCCGACGAGUCAUGCAGGGCUAACGGCUCCUGUCCUCUCACUAUACUGGUCACUGGAAAUAAUCAGUCUUUUGGACAAAUUUUGGCUGGGAAUUUGUUGUCCAAUGAUUUCCCUCUCAAUUCCUCUGAUGUCAUGGAUUUUCUGGCCAACAAUGUCAUGGGAUCUCACUCCUUACCUAGAGCUCCCAACUUUUUAGACGGAGCUUUCUUCAUACAAACCAUCUAUAAGGUGCAGCGCCAAUGCUCCCCCAACUCUACAUUCUCCAUUCCACCUUUUUGCUUGCCAAACUUUGUCUUGAAUCCAGAGGUUAGAUGUGUUGAAGCUUUGACUUUGUGGCGCAACAAUUCUUCUGAUAUAAACAAUGAGCUAUAUAAAGGAUACCCAAAGGGGAACCCAGAGAGGAAAGUUAAUGAAAUACUUGCAGCCUAUGAUUUCUUAAACUCAAAUGAGAACAGUUUUAAUGCAAUCCUUUGGUACAAUUCAAGCUUGAGGAGGAGUGUUGGUUCUGAUCUGCAGCGGAUUGGGCGCUCAGUGAAUCUGGCAUCCAAUGCCUACCUUCAGUUUUUGCAAGGCCCUGGUACCAAAAUGCUGUUUGAGUUUGUCAAAGAAAUGCCUAAGCCUGUAACCAACGUAGUAAGCAUACCGGAUCUUUCCUCUCUACUUGGUCCACUCUUCUUUACAUGGAUCAUUUUACUGCUGUUCCCGGUUGUUUUGAAGUCACUGGUUUACGAGAAACAACAAAAACUGAGAAUCAUGAUGAAAAUGCAUGGCCUUGGUGAUGGACCGUAUUGGAUGAUCUCCUAUGCCUAUUUUCUUGCAGUUUCUUUGAUCUACAUGCUGCUGUUUAUGGCAGUUGGCUCCAUCAUAGGGUUAAAAUUCUUCACAAUCAAUGACUACAGCAUCCAGUUGGUUUUUUACUUCAUCUAUAUGAACUUGCAAAUAGCAGCGGCUUUUCUAGUAGCUUCAAUGUUUUCAAACGUUAAGGCUUGUACAGCUAUAGGUUACAUUCUGGUCUUUGGAACUGGGCUUUUGGCAGAAAAUCUUUUUCGAAGCUUCAUCGAAGAUGCAUCAGUCUCUAGACGCGGGAUCAUUCUUUUACAGUUGUAUCCUGGCUUCUCUCUGUAUCGUGGAUUAUACGAGCUAGCACAAUACCCCUUGCAAGAAAAAAGGGUUGGGAUGGGAUGGGGCGAUUUGAAUGAUAACCAGAAUGGGAUGAGAGAGGUCUUCAUUAUCAUGGUUAUUGAGUGGUUUGUGGUGCUUUUUGUUGCAUAUUGCAUUGACCAAGUUGUAUCAUCUGGAAGUGGAAAAAGUCCUUUAUUUUUCUUGCAAAGGAUUAGGAAGAAGAAACUUACAUCUCUAAGGAGGCCUAGUUUGCAAAGGCAGGGAUCUAAAGUUUCCAUUCAGAUGGAGAAAUCUGAUGUUAGUCACGAGAUCGAGAUGGUUGAGAGGUUGGUAUUGGAACAAAAUACAAGUCAUGCGAUCGUUUGUGACAACCUCAAAAAGGUGUAUCCGGGAAGAGAUGGAAACCCUGAGAAAUUUGCAGUGAAAGGGUUGUCUCUUGCUUUGCCUCCAGGGGAGUGCUUUGGUAUGCUUGGCCCCAAUGGUGCAGGGAAGACCUCUUUUAUUAGUAUGAUGACUGGUCUCACAAAACCAACCUCUGGCACAGCAUAUGUUCAUGGUAUGGACAUUCGGACGCAAAUGAACAAUAUAUAUACCAGCAUGGGAUUUUGUCCACAGCAUGACCUACUGUGGGAAACACUGACUGGAAGGGAGCAUCUACUAUUUUAUGGCAGACUUAAGAACCUCAAAGGUCGUGCCUUAAUGCAAGCAGUGGAAGAAUCUUUGAAGAGUGUCAAGCUAUUUGAUGGUGGGAUUGCUGACAAACAAGCAGGGAAAUACAGUGGAGGCAUGAAGAGAAGGCUCAGCGUCGCAAUUUCGUUGAUAGGGGACCCCAAAGUUGUUUACAUGGACGAGCCUAGUACUGGACUUGAUCCAUCUUCGAGAAACCAUCUAUGGAAUGUUAUAAAGACUGCAAAACAAGACCGGGCAAUCAUCCUAACCACACAUUCCAUGGAAGAGGCAGAGGUCCUGUGUGAUCGAUUAGGAAUUUUCGUAGAUGGCAGGAUGCAGUGUAUAGGAAACCCGAAGGAGCUGAAGGGGAGACAUGGAGGGUUGUAUGUCUUUACGAUGACAACAAGUUGGGAACAUGAGGAAGAAGUGGAGAGGAUAGUACAGAAGUUGUCACCCAACGCGAACAAGACAUACCGACUGUCGGGGACACAGAAGUUUGAACUGCCCAAAAAUGAGGUCAGAAUUGCAGAUGUAUUCCAAGCAGUGGAGUUUGCAAAGAGUAGAUUCCCAGUGUUUGCAUGGGGUGUGGUUGACACUACUUUGGAGGAUGUCUUCAUUAAGGUUGCUGCAGCUGCAGCUGAAUCUUCAUCAUAUGAUAUAUGAAACCCCAACGUAGUACUAGAUUUUAACAUGAUUAACUGUUGAAUAUUGUUAGAAGAUGAGUUUAAUAUGCCUGCCAUUCA